AUGUCAAUUUUGUCAAAAUUGGAGUUCGUGGCACUUGAUAUUUCUAGCAAAAAUUAUUUAUCAUGGGUACUCGAUGCUGAAAUUCACCUAGAUGCUAAAGGUCUUGGUACCACCAUUACUGAAGGUAAUGCAACAUCUAGUCAAGACAAAGUGAAGGCUAUGAUUUUUCUUCGUCAUCAUUUCGAUGAAGGAUUAAAGGCUGAAUAUUUGACAGUGAAAGAUCCACUUGAAUUGUGGACUGGUUUAAAAGAAAGGUAUGACCACCUUAAGGCAACAGUAUUGCCAAGGGAUUGUUAUGAUUGGAUACACUUACGAUUACAGGACUUUAAAAUUCAACAAUACCGUGAAAGGGGAUUUAAAAAGUAUUCUGAUUUAAUCUCAUGCCUUCUUGUGGUUGAGCAACAUAAUACCCUUUUGUUGAAAAAUCAUGAAGUCCGUCCCAUCGAAACUUCUCCUUUACCAGAAGCAAAUGUGGUAGAAGCACAUGGCCAGUUUGAUAGAAGACAAAAUAAAAAUCGGGGCCAUAAUAAUGUGUGUGGACGUAGCAAUGGCAGAAAAUGA